AUGAUUUCCCUACAUCAAGGAACCACGGAUGAUAAUUUCCGUCGAUCAAUAGCUAAGAGGGCCCCUAACAACAUGAAUGAGCUUCAGGAGAGGGCCGGGAAGUAUAUCAAGGCUGAGGAAACCUUGAAGAAAUCCCAGAGGGAUGGUGAUAACUCCUCCACCAAAAAGAGAGCAGGACCGAGGUUCACUGAGUAUGCAAGGCUGAAUGCCCCUAGGAGUCAGAUCCUGAUGGAAAUUGAGAAAGAGGGAAGUGUUCGAUGGCCGAAGCCUAUUAGGACUGAUCCCGAGAAGAGAAACAAGGACUUAUACUGCAGGUUUCAUAUGUAUAUGGGACAUAAGAGCGAUAAUUGUCGGCAGUUGAAGGAUGAGAUUGAGUUUUUGAUCCGGAAAGGCAAGUUGUCCAGGGAUAAGAGAAACCAGCCUAGAGGGCAUAUGAUCAAUGUAAUCUCUGAAGGACCGACCGCAACAGGCCUGUCUAGUAAUUCACGAAAAGCUUAUGCUAGUGAAGUGAUGUGCAUUGUUGGAGAGCCCCCGAAGAGGGCAAAAAACAAGUUUGCUCUAGAAUUUGACAAUUUAGAUCUUGACAGAGUGAAAUUUCCCCAUGAUGAUCCUUUGGUAAUUACCCCGGUGAUUGGAAACUCGUCUGUAAAAAGGGCACUCGUUGACAGUGGAGCCUCAGUAGAUAUCUUAUUUAAUGAUGCAUAUGAAAAGAUGAGAUAUUUUGAUUCACAAUUGACACCUUCAGAUAUGCCUAUAUACAGCUUUAAUAACGCGGAGACGAAGAUGGAAGGUAUGAUCCAACUACCCGUAACAAUGGGCACCGAGCCUAGACAUGCCACAUGUAUGUUGAAUUUUUUGGUCGUAAAAUCUUCAUCAACCUACAAUGUUAUCCUUGGAAGGACAGAGAUACAUGCUUUUAAAGCAAUUCCAUCCAAUUACCACUUGAAGAUCAAAUUCAUGACAAAGAACGGAGUGGGAGAAGAACUAGGAGAUCAAAAAAUGGCUAGAAGUUGUUAUGUGGGGGCUCUGAAAUCCAGAGGAACUGGGGCGCAGGUUCUCCCAAUUGAGGACUUGGAUGUCCGAGAGGAAGAGGAAAGAAGAGGGAAGCCUGCUGAGGACUUGGUAGGGGCGUCACUCCCCGAGGAUAUGAAAUCCAAAUUUUUGAAAUUCUUGAGGAACAACGGGGAUGUGUUUGCUUGGAAUGCUGCUGAUAUGCCAGGGAUUGAUCCCCUCUUUAUGACACACACGCUUAAUGUGAACCCAGAUAGAAAACUCGUGAAACAAAAGAAGAGAACAUUUUGCCCCUGA